AUGGGGGCCGAGGCGGCGGGGAGCGGGCGGGCGCUGCGGGAGCUGGUGCGCGAGGCCGAGGUCAGCCUGCUCGAGUGCAAGGUGUGCUUCGAGAGGUUCGGCCACCGCCAGCAGCGGCGCCCGCGCAACCUGCCCUGCGGCCACGUGGUGUGCCUGGCCUGCGUGGCGGCCCUGGCGCACCCGCGGACGCUGGCCCUGGAGUGCCCCUUCUGCCGCCGGGCCUGCCGCGGCUGCGACACCAGCGACUGCCUGCCGGUGCUUCACCUCCUGGAGCUCCUGGGCUCGGCGCUGCGCCCAGCCCCCGCCGCCCCCCGCGCCGCCCGCGCCGCCCCCUGCGCCCCGGGCGCCCUCGCCUGCCACCACGCGUUCGGAGGCUGGGGGACCCUGGUCAACCCCACGGGGCUGGCGCUGUGCCCCAAGACCGGGCGGGUCGUGGUGGUGCACGACGGCAGGAGGCGGGUCAAGAUCUUUGACUCCGGGGGAGGAUGCGCCCAUCAGUUUGGAGAGAAGGGGGAGGCUGCCCAGGACAUUAGGUACCCCCUGGACGUCGCCGUCACCAACGACUGCCACGUGGUUGUCACCGACGCCGGCGACCGCUCCAUCAAAGUGUUUGAUUUCUUUGGCCAGAUCAAGCUCGUCAUUGGAGACCAGUUUUCCUUACCUUGGGGCGUGGAGACCACCCCUCAGAAUGGGGUCGUGGUAACUGACGCCGAGGCAGGGUCGCUGCACCUGCUGGAAGUCGACUUUGCAGAAGGAGCCCUCCAGAGGACUGAAAAGCUGCAAGGUCAUCUGUGCAGCCCGCGAGGGGUGGCCGUGUCCUGGCUCACUGGGGCCAUUGCGGUCCUGGAGCACCCUCCGGGGCUGGGGGCUGGGGCGGGCAGCACCGCCGUGAAGGUGUUCAGCCCAACUAUGCAGCUGAUCGGCCAGGUGGAUACCUUUGGGCUCAGCCUCUUUUUCCCCUCUAGAAUAACUGCCUCCGCCGUGACCUUUGAUCACCAGGGGAAUGUGAUUGUUGCAGAUACUUCUAGUCAGGCCGUCCUAUGCUUGGGACAGCCUGAGGAAUUUCCAGUCCUGAAGCCCAUCAUCACCCAUGGUCUUUCCCAUCCUGUGGCACUGACCUUCACCAAGGAGAAUUCUCUUCUUGUGCUGGACAGUGCAGCCCAUUCCGUAAAAGUCUACAAGGCUGACUGGGGGUAA